UCAUCAUGACUUCAAUGAGCUUUGUACCUUUGGAUACUUGAGAUGCAAUGUGCUCAGAAAAGUUCAAACUGUUGCUAUAUCUUAAACCCAGGUCACGAAGAGUGUUGAGAGGUCUCAGUGUAUGUUUGUGUACAGCCAGAUUUAUGUUAAGGCAUCGGCCAAUGUGAGUAUGAGAGGCUGCACUCAAUCAUAGUGAAGUGCCCAUGAAACAACCUGACCAUCCUGAUGAGAGACCUAAGCUGCAAAGUCGGAAUGAACAACAUCAGAGAUCAAGAUAUUAUGGGAAGACAUGGAUUGACUAGGAGAAACCAACGAGAAUGGUGACGGAUUUGGGAAUGUAUAUGCAUUCAACAAAACGGUUAUAUGUGACAAAAUAUCCCCACACAAACACAUACACGAAGCUACGUGGGUCCGGCUCACCGCAUCACACCACGAAGAAUCAGAUCGAUCAUAUUCGCAUCACUAAAAAAAAUCAGAAGGUCAAUGAAUGAUGUGAGAACUAGAAGGAGCUAAAAUAACUUCAGAUCAUCACCAACUGGUGGUCGCCAGGAUGAAACUGAAGCUAAAAAAACAAUGGACAUCUGAAGAAACACCAGUACAACGGUUCAAUACAAACUUUCUUCGACAUACUGACAUACUCGACGAAUUCAAUGACAAGUUCCAGACCUUACAGGAUCUACUGAAAGACGAAGUAGCUACCGUGGAGCAUGGUUGGGAAGGGAUCAAAGAAGCAUCAACUUCAACGUGUUACGAGGUUCUGUUCGCAACAACCAUCGUCAUAGGGAAUGAAUCCCUGUCGAAGUCCUGGACAGCAUUCAAGAAAAGAACAAGAAAACAGCAAUUAACAAAUGUCGAACAAGAACAGAGAAAAGCAAGACACAAGCUGAAUACAGAGAAGCAAACAAGCAAGUGAAAAAAGCAUUAGAACUGAUAAGCAGAAAUACGUGGAAGACUUAGCAACAACAGAGGAAAAAGCUACAACGGAAGUAAAUGUCAAACAACUAUGUGAAACGACGAAGAAACUGGAGGGGAAAUAUAAUAAACCAGAGAGACCGGUCAAGGACAAACAAGGAAAGUCAAUCACUGAAAUUCGAAGGCAUCUGAACAGAUGGAUAGGACACUUUGAGGAACUCUUGAAUAGACCAGCUUCAUUGAAUCCACUGGAUAUUGAGGCAACACACACAGGCCUUCCUUUGGAUGUCACUCCACCAACGAUCGAAGAAAUCAGGAUGGCAAUGAGAUAAGUCAACAGUGGGGAGUUAGUAGGACCUAACAAUAUAACAAACGAAGCACUGAAAUCAGACAUGGAAGUAAUUGCAAACGCGCUCCACGUCCUGUUCAGGAAGAUUUGGUAGGAAGAACAAGUGACACAGCAGA